AUGAUAUUGAAUAUUUAUUUGAAGUUUUUAAAUAACUAUAGUUAUAAAAUAAAUGAUUUUUUUUAAAAAAAGAUUAUAAAAGAAGCUAAUUUAAUGAAUAAUUUUAUUAAUCAUCCUUACAUUUCUAAUAAAGUUGAUUUUUUUAUAUAAAAGCAUGAUAAAACUGCGUAUUUAAUUAUGAAAAAGGUUAAAGGGAUAAAUCUCUAAUAAUAUAUUAGCUAAAAUAAUAAACCAUCUAUUUAUUAAAUAAAAAGAAUGCUAAAAUAAUUACUAGAAGCUGUAUAAUUUUUACAUUAAAAUAAUAUUUGCCAUAGAGAUAUAACUACUAGUAAUGUAAUUUAUAAUUAAAAAGAAGAAAAAGUGACUCUUAUAGAUUUUUCAGUUGCAAAAUAAUCAAUUAAUAAACAAUAAUUAAUGUGGACACAUACUGGUGUUAUAUAUUUUAUGGCUCCUGAGUUUUUUACAGAUUAUUUUUAUAAAAAAUCAGUUGAUAUAUGGAGUAUUGGAGUAAUUUUUUACUUUUUAUUAUAUGGAGUUUUACCUUUUUAAAGUGAUAAUGUAUAAUUGUUAAUUAAUUUAAUUAUAAAAUAAAAAAUAUAAUGUAAUAAUAAUUUAGAUGACGAAUGUAAAGAUUUUCUUGAAAAACUAUUAGAAAAAGACCCUUAAAAAAGAAUAUAAGUUUAAGAAGCCUUAAAUCAUCCUUUUUUAGUUUUUUUUUUUUUUUUAAAAGCUAUGCAUAUUUUUUUUAUUUAUUUUAAGAGCAAUAUAAAAAAAUUAGAUUGGCACAAAUAAAAAUUAUGUUUAUAAUAAUAAAAAAUAUUAAACUAUAAUUAAAAUCAUUUUUAAUCAUUAAAUUCUCUUAGUAAAACGGAUUUUGAAAACUUUUAAUAAAAAUAAGAUGAUUAGAUAUAUUCUUUAAAAAAUAUAAAUAUUUGA